CACAGCUUCCUGCCGCGGGCGGGCUCGAGGCAAGGCGAGGCUGGCGGCUGUUCGAGGGCAGGUACAGCGGGGGUGCAGGCACUGUGCUCACGCACACACAGACACAUGGGCCUGCUGCAGCCGCGGACCCCAGCCAGGGCUCUGGCCUGACCCGGGAGCUCACCCUGAGCCCAAUAAGGGAGGGGGUUCCCAGGGAGCCCCCUCUCCCCGCCAAGAGGGCGCCGCUGCCUUCCCAGGCUCCCGCCGCCAGCCCCCAUCGCGCCGCAGAUGGAGGUGGAGGACGGCCUCACGCACUCGGCGCUGGGCUUGCUGCUGGGGCCACUGCUGGCUAUGUUGCUCAUGGCCUUGUGUGUGCGCUGCCGCCGGCUGCCAGACUCAUACAACAGUGCCUCUUCCUUGGAUGGUGUAUACCCUAGGAGCAUUUUGGUGAAACCGCCCUGCACUGUGUCCCGGGAGAUGAUGCACCAGUCCCCUGCCUCCUACCCAUCCAUGACCUCUGACCCACCCUUGAGCCAGCCAGACCUGCUCCGUAUUCCGAGAUCCCCACAGCCCCCUGAGAGUUCCCACCGGAUGCCGUCUUCCCGGCGGGACUCCAGUGACGCCCAGAGUGUGGCAAGCUACGAGAACGAGAGUGCGUGGGGUGGGGUGGUGGCAGAGAGGCUGGGGCCCCAGCUCGGGUCCGUGCCGGGCCGUGCAGAGCCCCACUGUCGCUCCCCUGCAGAGCCGGCCUGCAAGGGUGCGGAUGAGGAUGAAGAUGAGGACCAGAACGAAGGCUACCUAGAGGUGCUGCCUGACAACGGCUCAGGUCUCAGCAACAAUGCCGCCUCAGCCCCUGUGCCCAGCAACCCUGGCCUCCGGGACAGCGCCUUCUCCAUGGAGUCCGGUGAUGAUUAUGUGAACGUCCCUGAGAGUGGGGGCAGCGCAGACGCAUCCCUGGAUGGGAGCCGGGAGUACGUGAAUGUGUUGCAGGAGCUGCCUGUGGAGUCCAGGAGCCAGCCUGCCACGCUCCGUGUCCAGGAGGUGGGGGGUAAGGAGGAAGAGGAAGAACCACCAGAUUAUGAGAAUCUACAGGGUCUUAACUGAGGGAUGCCAACCUGGUGAGAUGCCCUCCCCUUUCCUCCCUGUGGGACCCCUCUGAAGCCCUCCCUGCGCCCUGCCCCUGGUGCUGUGGGGGGCUCCCUCCAUCUCCAGCCCCACUUCCCCACUUGCCUUUCAGCCUGUGGCCUCUUUACUUCCAGAUCCGGCCGUGUUGAGACCCUUGGACUGGGAGGCUGCAAGUGGCUGGAGAGGCAGGGUGCCCGCCCCCACCCUCCUGCCCCCAUUGCAUCAUGUCCUGAUUGACAGCCUCAGAAUUUAGCCCCCUAACUUAUUGUCACUUUGGGGUCCAGUCUGUGGUUCCCCCUCUCCCCCACCAAGUCUCUGCUGCUUCUGACGUAGCCAGAGAACAAAGUCUCCUGUCCCGAGCCCUCCCUUUUGUAAGAGAAUGAAGGCCCACACGGAGGACUUGCCACUCUCCAGUGUCCCAGCUGGGCACUGUGAGGAGCAGCAGUGGAGCACUCUGGCCCCGCCUCUGUGAGGCCUCUGACCCCAGGUGGCACUUGAUAGGGCUCAGAUGUUGCCCCCUCCACCAGCCUACUGUGAGGUGGCCACCAGGUGGAGGGGGGCUACGGCCACUGGCUGCGAUGGUGCCACAGCAGGUUGCAGACGGUGACACACUUCCCCUGCAGCCUUGGUGCCUGUGUCUUUACACGUGGGACUAAAUGACCUCCAGGGCCUCUCUGACUUUACCUUUUGUGACUGCCUCAAUAAACGGAACUUUACAAAUGG